GAGGCGCCCGAGCAUGGCCCGCGGGGUGGCCAUGGCACCGCUGGCCGUUCUGCUGCUGGCCUCUGCGUUCCUGCCCUGCGGGACCGCUUCUGAGAUCGCUGUGCCUCAAGGAAGUGGCAUCACAGUUCGCAUCAAACGGCCAAGCCCAGCCCCGCCUCUAAAAUCCUGCUACAUCAUCACGUCUAAACAGCACAUGAGUGAGUUGUUCAUCGAGCCCGGAAAAAGACAGAAUGUUACCUUCAGCUGCCGGGAUCCAGAGAAGCACUUUGUUGUGGAGAUAGAGAAGAAUAUCGACUGCAUGUCAGGCCCGUGUCCUUUUGGGGAAGUCCGGCUGCAGCCCUCCACAUCAGAGCUGCCCACCCUCAACAGGACCUUUGUGUGGGAUGUCAGAGCUCACAAGAGCAUUGGUCUCGAGCUGCAGUUCUCUUUCCCUCGCCUGAGGCAGAUUGGGCCAGGAGAGAGCUGCACAGAUGGAGUCACACACUCUAUCAGCGGCCGCAUUGAUGCCACGGUGGUCAGGAUUGGAACUUUCUGCAGCAACGGCACGGUGUCCCGGAUCAAGAUGCAAGAGGGUGUGAAAAUGGCCUUACACCUGCCAUGGUUCCACCCUAGAAACAUCUCAGGCUUCAGCAUUGCCAACCGUUCAUCCAUAAAACGCCUAUGCAUCAUCGAGUCUGUGUUCGAGGGAGAAGGCUCAGCCACCCUGAUGUCUGCCAACUAUCCUGGAGGCUUCCCCGAGGACGAGCUCAUGACGUGGCAGUUUGUUGUCCCUGCACACCUGCGGGCCAGUGUCUCUUUCCUCAACUUCAAUGUCUCCAACUGUGAGAGGAAGGAGGAGCGGGUUGAAUACUACAUCCCUGGCUCUGCCACAAACCCCGAGGUGUUCAAGCUGGAGGACAAGCAGCCUGGGAACAUGGCAGGGAACUUCAAUCUCUCCUUGCAAGGCUGCGACCAAGACGCCCAGAACCCUGGGAUCCUGCGACUACGGUUUCAGGUCCUGGUCCAACGUCCACAAAACGAAAGCAAUAAAACCUACGUGAUCGAUUUGAGCCAGGAGCGAACUAUGUCCCUCACCAUUGAGCCACGGCCUGUCAAACAAGGCCGCAGGUUUGUUCCUGGAUGCUUUGUGUGUCUGGAGUCUCGGACCUGCAGCCCCAAUGUCACCCUAACAGCCGGAUCGAAGCACAAGAUCUCAUUCCUGUGUGAUGACCUGACACGCCUGUGGAUGAACGCAGAGAAAACCCUCAGCUGCAUGGACCAUCGUUACUGCUACAGGAAAUCCUACCAACUACAGGUACCUGAGGACAUCCUCCAGCUACCUGUGCAGCUACAUGACUUCUCCUGGAAACUGCUGGUGCCCAAGGACAGGCUUAGCCUUGCACUCGUGCCUGCUCGGAAGCUGCAGCAGCACACCCAUGAGACAGCCUGCAAGACCAGCUUUGGCUACCUCGUGGCCAGCACCACAUCCAGCCAGGAUCUUUACCUCGGCUCCUUCUGCCCUGGAGGCUCCAUCGAGGAAAUCAAGGUGAAGCAGAACAGCUCAGUGACACUGCGUACCUUUGCCCACAGCUUCCAGCAGGAGGCCUCCAAGCAAGGCCUUACUGCGUCCAUCAUACCUUAUUUCAAAGAGGAAGGCAUUUUCACCGUGACCCCAGACACCAAGAAUAAGGUUUACCUGAGGACUCCUAACUGGGACCGGGGCCUGCCGGCACUCUCCUCAGUGUCCUGGAACAUCAGCGUGCCCAGUGACCAGAUGGCCUGCCUGACUUUCCUCAAGGAGCGCACAGGUGUAGUCUGCCAGUCUGGGCGCGCAUUCAUGAUCAUUCAGGAACAGAGGACACGAACCGAGGAGAUCUUCAGCCUGGAGGAGGAAGUGCUUCCCAAGCCAAGCUUCCACCGUCACAGCUUCUGGAUCAACAUCUCCAACUGCAGCCCCGUGAGUGGCAAGCAGCUGGACCUGCUCUUCCAGGUGACUCUUACCCCAAGGACUGUGGAUCUGCCCGUUAUCAUUGCUGCAGCAGGAGGCGGAGCCUUGCUGCUGUUUGCCCUGGGACUCAUCAUCUGCUUUGUGAAAAGAAAGAAAAGGAAGGUCAGCAAGGGACCUGCUGUGGGCAUCUACAAUGGCAACAUCAACACCCAAAUGCCACAGCCACAAAAGUUCCAGAAGAGACGGAAGGACAAUGACUCCCAUGUGUAUGCAGUCAUUGAUGACACCAUGGUGUACGGGCACUUGCUGCAGGACUCCAAUGGAUCCUUCCUCCAGCCAGAGGUGGACACCUACCGGCCCUUCCAGGGUCCCGUGGGAGACUGCCCUCCCUCCGCAGCCCCUGGAUGCUCCAGGACCCCAACUGCAAAGUUCACUGCAGAUGAGCCAGUGCCAUCCAGCUCUCCUGAAUCUGACAGUGAGCCCUAUACCUUCUCACACCCCAAUAGGGGAGAGGUAUGUAACAGGGACACAGACAUACCCUUGCUCAACACCCAGGAGCCAGUGGAGCCAGAAAAAUAACCUGAACCCAGUGCAAAGACUUUGUUGAGAUUCAUGACACAGGACGCUAAGAUACGCAAAAGUGUCCCCACAGGAAGAGACAUCAAGUAGAGGGAAGAGUGGGUUUUUCUGGGUAUCACCAACUCCCAGUUUCCCCAUGGAUUCGUCCCAGCGACAAGCAAAUGACGGCUUUUGAUCUGGAUGCAAUCUCCACAGCGCACGUCCUUCUGACCUCGGGUUGUGUUAUGGACCAACCACAAUGACAGGAGAGGGCCGUGACUACCCAGAAUGAGGCUUCAAGGGGUCUGAAUUCAGGGUGAUACACAGAGACCCUGAUCCCCAGGAGCUCCACCCAGGGUCCCUGCUCUCACUGGAGUCACCUGGGUGAAAAUGACACUGUGCCUUAUUUAUUUAGUGGUCCUAUGUGUGUGAAAGGUUGAGCAUGGAACCAGGUAGCUCUCUUCCCCUGGUGUGGUCAUGACUCAUGAUAACUGGCUUGGAUGUGUCUAUCUCUGUGUGUUAGGGAUGAUUGGCAACCAGUCCAGACCCCAAAAAAAAUGCUAUGCGUUUGAGUGAUGAGGCACAUCUCCCUUGGUAAGAGACUUCCAUGGGGUUGUCCAUACAAAAUUUGUCAUGAGCCCCAUGGUCCUCUACUCCUAGAAAUAAGAGCAGAUCCAUUGAACUGCUGCAUGUAGCUCUCUCAGCUGCAGCAACACUUCAACACUUAAACAGAAAUUUCCAAACUAUUUUUAUACUCUAAAAAUGUCUAAAUAUGGCUAGGACUGGUAUCGCAUGCCUUUAAUCCACUUGGGAGGCUGAGGUAGGAGAAUCAUCAUGAGCUUGAAGCCAGUCUAGGCUACAGUGUGAGUUCCAGGUCAGCCUGGGUUAGAGCAAGACCCUGCUUCAUUCAUAAAUAAAUAAAUAAAUAAGAAAGUUUAAAUACAUCCCAGUCAAUGACCAUCUGGGUUAGUUUCCUGAAACAAUGUCUCCUUUGGUGGCUUAAAAGUUACUACUCUCUUGCAGUUCUGGAGAUCAGAAUUCUCAAAAUAGGGAAAUAGAGUUUGAGUGACCUAAUAUCAGGGUGUCAGCAGAGCUGUGCUCCCAAAGACUCUUGGGAGAAUCUUUCCGUGCCUUUCCCAGCUUCUGGAGAAGUCCAUGGCUGAGUAAGACCUCACACUGCAUUACUGGUUGCCAAGUCUCCUACUUUGCAUAUCCAGAAUGUCUUCCCUACCCCCCCGCCCCCCCCCCCCCCCCGUGCCCCAUCUCAACAGCCUAAACUUAGUCACUGUGGAAAAUCUGUUUACUGUACCAAGUACUAUAUCUACUGGCUGGGACUAGGUGUGGUCAUCUUUGGGAAGCUACUGUUCUGCCUACCCCACCUUCCUGCUGAUACUCAGGAAACAGUACAGAAUGACUCAGCCCAGAUGGUAUUUUGUUUAGCCUGCAGUCUGUAAAAUAUGAGGAGCUGAGGACAUGGCUCAGUGGUUAAAAGUUCUUGCUGCACAAGCCUGGCCACCAGAGUUUAGAACCAGCCAGAUGCAAGUAGUAUAUGCAGCUUUCAUCCCAAAGCACCGACAGCCAUGGGAGGCAGAGUCAGGAGAAUCCUGAAGCCCAUAGCCAGCUACUCUGGCUUUCACAGCAGCAAGCAAGAGAGACCCCGUCUCAAGUGAAGCAAGGACCAAUACCCCAAGAUUAUCCACGGAACUCCACAUGUGUACCCUGGCAUGUUCACAUCCACCCAUAUCAAUGCCAUAUGCAGCCAUAUACACACCAAGAAAUAAUGAAUGAAUAAGUAAAUAAAAAUUAGUUACUACAUUUAAAAUUCGCAAAAAUGUUACCUAAAAAUCUGGCUGAGAGGAUCUGGACCAGAUGCCUCCCUAGGGUGAACAGCGGGCCUGCCUGCUCAGAUCUGAAGUUCGGUACUUCGGAGGCAAAAACCUUCUUCAAAAAAUAAGUGUCUUUCACUGUGUUCAGUUUACCUUGGAAAUGUACCACAUCAAUUUGUCCAUGCUGCCUCGUGGUGGGGGCUCUGCAAUCUCCUCGAGGGUGUGAACUGCAAGGUCCCUCAGGCUCCUUCCAGAAGAGUGAAGAUGUAUUUUGUUAACUAUAUCCUGUGUGCUACCCAUGACACUGCAUCUUGGAACCACUGUCUUCUAACUCCUUUCCAGAAGGAGGGAAGGUUACAACCCACCCAUCUACCAAGGUGUUUACAGCCUCUCCAAGAAGGGCCACAGAGGAAUGCAGCGUCUUCAUCUAGAAUCACCCAUGUGGGGUCCCCACACCCUGUGCUUUCUCUUCUGACUGCUGCCUCUCAAGUGCCCCUCAGGGUCCUUUGUGCCCCUCCUGACUGUGGUUGGCCACCUUUGCACUGGUCACAACAUCAUUUUCAAGAGCCCUGCCUGGAUGUUUUCUUCAACAGAAUGCUCCAGCCCAAUUGCUGGCUCCCUGAACUCUGGGUAGGUCUGCAGAGCAAUGCCUCAGAGCAGGACCCAACCAGACAGAUUAGCCCUGGUUCAUUCUUAAAGCCCAGGCACCACUUUUAUACAAUAUUCCAGGCUCAUAGGAUUCCAGUCAGAUGCCAGGUAUUGGUUCUCACUGUACAAGCCCAGCACCCACCCUGGAUUUGCUGGAAGGCCUUGUGCCUAUCAGCUGGAACCAUGGGCAAGACCAGUUUAGGCAGAAAUAAUCCCAAGUGCACAGAAGGAAAACAUCAAGAAAGGGUCCACGAGGACAAUUCUCAGUUCAUUGAAUAUUACCUAUGUGCAACUUAAGGAUCAGUUUGUGUGGAUCAGCAGUGUUUAUCUGGAAAUAAUUUAUUUAAUAGACUUUUUAGGUAACAUUCACUUCCUGUAGUUUUUUUUUUUUAAUAAACAGUUUAAAAUAAAUACA